CCCCGUGUUGUUUAAUCAACAAAAGCCCGCAGCAGGUGACAUCGAGGAAAAGGAGGGUUGGCCGCCAUGGUGCGGGUAGCAACAGCAUACUAUAGACGUUGAGGGCCCACCCACCGGAUUCAGUAUUUACUUGAAAAGAGCAGGGCCUACGGUGAGCCGGGCCUACGCGCACUGGCCUGCUGACAAGGAAGAAAUACUUAAGAACACAAAUGACAAUUCUCAGCUUUCUGCAGAUUCAUGACGAGGAGAUGUUGGUUGGCUUUGUAGGAGGCAUAUAUUCUUUCCAGUUAUGGUCCAGAACAGGGAUUGCCAGCUCUAGCUCGACCUUUUAUCUACUGCACCUACUCAAGAAGAUGCAGCAGCUAGAAAGAAUCUGAGGAGAGCUGCUGAUCAACUUGUUGAGAGCAUACUCGCUCAGCACUCGAGCGUGCGACCAGAGCUCACAAUCUUUCGCAGACUCCGACUGCUCUGAAGCUGCUGGUUCAGAAAGCAUGGGCAACAGCAAUGCACCACCAGGAGAAGGGGCUGGGGCUGGACUGCUUGAGCAAGAAGACAACUCUGAGUAUGGGGAAUUUGAGGCCCCCAGCAUGGUUCUGGCUCUGAAGCACGCCGAUGCAUCGGGGCCGCACCGCUUGGUUGAUAAGGAGGUGGUCAAGUACCAGCUCUGGAAGACCACCCCCCUCGAGCUGGGGUCCCUUGGAGUUGGCGUUGGCCUGUACUUUGAAACUCUGCGCUUGCUUGGCUACUUUCUCAUUGCCAUGGCUGUACUGCAUGGAACUAUCCUGCUACUCUGCGCAGCAGCGUUUAAGACUGUGGAGGACCCCAGCAUCUAUCAGCCGCUGACGGCCUACACGUUGGGAGCCAUGUACUCAGAUCCUGCCGUACCCAGUAGCACGCGAGUCAGCCUGGCGGGAACGUCCGUGUCAAAGAAAACCCUCCUUCUGGCGAUGGCCAUCCUUGAUGCCUCGGCCACCGUCCUGUUUCUCGCCAGCCUGGUUUGCAUCAAAGUUUGGCAGCGACACGCAACGCUAGAGAUCGACGACGCGACCAUCACCCUCGGCGACUUUGCGAUCCAGGUCAAGCGCCUGCCAACGGGGGCGACGGAUGCUGACAUUAGGACCCACUUUUCGCAGUUUGGCGAGAUUGUGGACGUGGCGAUCGCUCGGAACGACGGGAACCUGCUGCGGAUGCUGGAACGGCAGCAGCACGACGUCGCUCAGCUUGGACGCUUGACGGCGCUGAUCGCCAAGACCAAGGGGCACCAGGGGAUUCAAGAAAAGGCGCGCCUGGAGGAGAAGCUGCUGGAGGACGAGGCGAGCAUCGCGUAUCUGCUGAAGGAGCGGCCCUUCGAGGUGGUCGCCGCGUUCGCGACUUUCGACGACGAGGACGCGCGCUUCCGCUGCAUUUCUAGUUACUCCGACAGCCUGCCCGGCAUCUACGCGCAACCCAAGCGCCUCCGGUUCCUGCGCAAGAAGCGGAUCGCGGUGCGCGCCGCGCCGGAGCCGGAGGACGUCCUGUGGGAGAAUCUGGAGGUCGGCUACUGGGCGCGUUGGUCGCGGCGCAUCGGAAGCGCGCUCUUCACUCUAGUUCUCCUCUGCAUCACCACGGGAUUCAUGAUCGCCGCCAAGGGUUAUGAUAGUCGAUUGCCGCCGGAGGUGAAUUGCGAGGCGUCAGCGAAAAGGGGCACGCUCGAGUGUCCCCAGCUGUGGAAUUUGACGGCGACGACCGGAAACGCGGAUCCGGUGCGAGUUGAGGUACACAGCCUGAAGGCAAACACUAGCGGGAUCAUGUGCCGGCCGGUCGUGUUCAACGGGCUCUUCCGGGCAAACGUCACAGCCGUGGCGGCCAACGCGACGGCUGCGGGGCUGCCGCUUCCAACCACCGAGAUCAUCCAAUGCGCGGCCGCCACGUGUUACUCCUGCUUCUGUAAGACGACGGGCCUCUCCGCCGCGGUCAACGACGCACUCGGCUUGGGCAGCUAUUGCCGGCGCUACUGGCUGAACGUCACGCUGACGUACGUGUUCAAAGCGCUCGCUGUCGUCACUGCUACCGUCAUCAACACCAUCCUGUACGCCGUCAUGCCGUGGCUGUCGUCACUGGAGCGUCACCAUUUGCUGACGGCGCAGGAGGCGGCCACUGCCGAGAAGCUGUUCAUCACGCAGCUCCUCAACUGCGCGGUCAUCGGAACGCUCGUCUACGCGCACAUCGCGGGCUUGAGCCGCGGCAAGGUCACCAACUGGUUCUUCAACGGGCUUUACGAAGAUUUCGACACCGCGUGGUAUAGUGCCGUCGGCAGCACGCUAGUGAUUACGUUGACCGUCCAGAUCGUGGUGCCGUUCAUCAACGAGGCGCUCGGCGUCGCGUGGGCGUGGGGGAAGAGAUGGCUUUGGGCGAAAAGCCAGCUCAUCCAAAGCGACCUGAACAAGUUGAUGGAGGGCCUUGAGUUCACCCUAGCCGACCGGUACGGCCAGCUGCUGACGCUUAUAUUCGUUGCCAUGGUCUUCAGCGCGGGCAUCCCCAUUCUGCACCUCAUUCUCACGGCAGCAAUUCACAUCAUUUAUUGGGUCGACAAGAUCACACUCCUCCGCCUGUCGCGCACUCCCGCGCAGUAUGACGACACCAUGACGAAUGCAUUCCUGGCCACGCUCCCCUGGGCGGCGUGGAUCCACUGCGCCGUCGCGGUCUGGAUGUACGGCGGGCUGCCGUCCAAUACCUUUGGGGAGGCGCAAGACGCGCUUGGCGGCCGCAUCCCCCAGCCUACGCGGCAGCUCAACUGGACGGACCGCAUCACCAAGGCCAACGCCGCGCCCGCGCUCGCGCUGUUUCUGCUGCUGACCAUAUAUCUUCUGGCGCGCCCGUUUUACAACGGCGCGCGCGCGCUCGCGGCGCUCUUCUGGCGGUCCAACCAGGUGCGGGACGAGAACCUGGCCGUCACGUUGCGGCAAGCCCUUAAGGACGAGUGCGUGUCCGGCCUGCGCAGCUACCAGCGCACCGCGAACCCGCGCUACCACCUCGCGCAGCGAACGGCGGCGUUUGUGCGCACCGCAGAGGCGCCCACCAUUGCGGACCGGUUAGAAGUCACCAAAUCGCGGCUGCCCAGCUUUCUGCAGCGCUAUCUCACCCGAGGGCGGGUAUCGAAGAUCGGGCGAGAGUUGCCCGACCCCCCUGAGAAAACGGAGCGCCAGAAGGGGGAUCCCGCUGACGUCGCUCGGGAGCGGCUACCGGGGACAGUAGAAAAGAGCGCAGAUGCGGGAGCGGCGCCCAGAUCGAGUGCCCGGUUGGCCAACGAGAGCGGCGAGAAAGUGCGGGGAAGCGUGCCGCCCAGUCAGUGGCCGGGGCUCGGAAAGUAUGGUAACGGUAUGACGGAGUAUGGUAACGGAGACGACCCGACGCAGCUGCAGCAAAACGGCGACCCCUUGAGCGCGAGGGCGGCCGCGGAGCUGGACGCUCCAGGGUUUAGUGAGGGUUUACACGGACUAGCACUGCAACCGGAAGGUUACGUGAAUAGGGUUAGGUUUGAGGGUGAGCAGCCGGAGGAUUCCAUGCCUGCUAGUGGGUCCAGUCGGAACGGAUCCGUUUCCAGAUUCCCCACGUCAAAUGCGAAGAUCGGAAGAUAGCCUGUCGGCAGCGUUCAGCGUCUUCUAAUCGUACUCGUCGGCAGCCUGCAGCGUCUUUCAAACUGAAAGCUGGUGACAGAGCCGGAGAAUAAGAUACAAGAGCGGAACGUGACGCCGUUACAUGAAGCAGAAGCAAUCACUUCGCGAGAAUUUGAACGGCUAAACUGAAACAAGUUUAGGGUCAAUGCGGCGUGCAAGGCGGCGAAUUUGCAACUUAAUCAGAGUCCUAAACAGGAGGUCGGUGACUUUGUCGAACGGAGGGAUAGGAAGCUUGGAUUGAUCAAAUCGUGUGACCGCAACAAUUCAUUCUGUGAGCUGCAAAAGCGGAAAGGAAAAGACGGUUGUAUUUGGUGCCCGAAUUAACGUAAGAGAUACAGGCAGACUCAGUGCAGCGGAUUGUUUAAUAGCUAAGGACUUCGGAAGACAGACCAGACUAUGCAGACUUAACCACAUAAUUGAGCAUGAAAUGACCGGGAACUCAUCAGGCAGUACAAAUAUUCCAAGGUCAUGUUAUGCAACGU